AGCAGCCGGGCCGGGACCUGCAAAACAAGGAAAACGCCAUUUGCGCCACAAUCGUCGUCUCUAGCCAAAGGACCCCCACAAACACCCGACCAUUUCGUAAAAGUCCGGGGCUUCCACUCUUCAAUUUGCGCGACACUGUCUUCUUCCUUCAACUCUCGCUCAUCUCUGACUCAAAUCACGACAUCCAAUCACCCCAUCUGACGACUUUCGUUAACACGCCUGUCGCAAACUCUAUACAACGACCUUGAAAGUUUCGUACAAACUCUUCGCGACUUCAUUCUUCGACUUCUCGAUCUUCAACCCACACACACACACCGUCACCAUGUUCCCAGCCGACUACCUUCCCUCCAACUACGUCGAGGCUCGCGCACAGCAAGAUAAAGCACAAGCACAAAGAGCUGCUACCGAGAAGAAGCCUACACAUCUCGCUCAACCUAUGCCACAAAGACCAACCGUGUCGCGCACUCUGUCGUCGGCAUUAUUCAGCUUCUUCCCUUCUGCUGGCUCUUCAGCAUCCACAUCACCUUCAGCUACACCUAUGCCAUCGCCUGGUCUCCAACAAUCUAGCAAGAUGUCUUGGUUUGCACCUCUUCCCAAGGCUUCAGAGUCUGACAUUGCUUGUCUUCCUCCCGCUUGGUCUUAG